AUGUCUCCAACUACAAGUAGACUCCCCGUUUCGCAACGGCAGUCGCAAAUUCCAAGGCCCGCUUUCCAGCCUCGUGCCAUACCCGGAAAGGUCUUUAUGAGAUCAGAACUCUGGAAAGUGUGGAGCCAAGAUGAGAUCGCUUCUGAAGCGGAGAGUCUAUACCCAAACUUCCCACAUGCUGAUGACGAAUCUUCACUACCAGGAUUUUUGGAUUUUGAGGACGCCAAUACUAAGGAAGAUAAUCUCUCACUAAUCCAGACGGAAUCUCAAGAUAGAGGACUUUCUCUAGAGGCUUUGAUCAACCUCCGAGAAGCCAUCGAGACCGACAUCAAUUUCACAGAUACUGUAGAAAGUUUGCUUACACAGUCCCGAGAAGCGACUAGUGGAUUGGGUGAGGAGACAGAAGAAAUCCAAGAUGAGUCGACACCCAUCUCAUCAAGCAGUGUUUCUAGCUCGACUGAAACCUCCAGCAUGCCUCAGGACAUUCAGGAAUCUGGGAAUGUCAAUGCGUCCCAUACCCAUGAUUGGGACGGAUCGUAUGUCAACCCUUCUCCUUUGUGGAGUCCUUCCCUCUACCACCUUCCACCAGCAUACAACUACCACGGAACACGACUCUGUGAAUGCGCCUGCUCUGACUCUGAUUCCUCUUCCGAGGGCGAUUUUGAGGACGAUUUUGACGAUUUUGAGGACGAUGCCUAUUUUGAAGGGCAACCUCAAGAAGACGAGUUCUUCUAG